AUGGCGCGGGGUCCGGCCAGCGGCGGCGCCGAGCGGAGCGGAGCCGAGGGGUGGCGAGGGCGCGGCGCGGCCGGGGCGGCGGCGGGGCCAUGGACCGCGUGAGCAGCUCCAUGAAGCAGGUGUCCAACCCGCUGCCCAAGGUGCUGGGCCGGCGGGCGGGCGGCGGCGGGCUGGAGGCGGAGAGGGAGAGCUUCGAGCGUGCCCAGACUGUCAGCAUCAAUAAGGCCAUUAAUGCGCAGGAAGUGGCUGUCAAGGAGAAACAUGCCAGAACAUGCAUCUUGGGCACGCACCACGAGAAGGGAGCACAGACCUUCUGGUCGGUGGUGAACCGGCUGCCGCUGUCGGGGAAUGCCGUGCUCUGCUGGAAGUUCUGCCACGUCUUCCACAAGCUCCUCCGGGAUGGCCACUCGAACGUCCUGAAAGACUCUCUGAGAUACAAGAAUGAGCUGAGUGACAUGAGCAGGAUGUGGGGCCACCUCAGUGAGGGCUAUGGGCAGCUCUGCAGCAUCUACCUCAAACUGCUGAGAACCAAGAUGGAGUUUCACACCAAGAAUCCCCGCUUCCCCGGCAAUCUCCAGAUGUCCGACCGGCAGCUCGACGAGGCAGGGGAGAACGACGUCAAUAACUUUUUUCAGCUGACAGUGGAGAUGUUUGACUACCUGGAGUGUGAGCUGAACCUCUUCCAGACGGUGUUCAGUUCCCUGGACAUGUCGCGCUCGGUGUCGGUGACGGCCGCGGGGCAGUGCCGCCUGGCCCCGCUCAUCCAGGUCAUCCUGGACUGCAGCCACCUCUAUGACUACACCGUCAAGCUGCUCUUCAAGCUCCAUUCCUGUCUGCCAGCAGAUACACUGCAGGGCCACCGGGAUCGGUUCCUAGAGCAGUUCAGAAAGCUGAAGGACCUUUUCUACCGCUCCAGCAACCUGCAGUACUUCAAGCGGCUCAUUCAGAUCCCACAGCUGCCGGAGAACCCCCCCAACUUCCUGCGUGCCUCCGCACUGUCAGAGCACAUCAGCCCUGUGGUGGUCAUCCCCGCUGAGGCAUCCUCACCUGACAGUGAGCCCAUCACGGACCUGGUGGAGAUGGACACAGCCUCACAGAGCCUGUUUGACAGUAAGUUUGACGACAUCUUCGGCAGCUCUUUGGGCAGUGACCCCUUCAACUUCAACAGCCAGAAUGGGAUGAACAAGGAUGACAAGGACCGCUUAAUCGAGCAGCUUUAUGGGGAGAUUGCAGCCCUGAAGGAGGAGCUGGAGAGCUUCAAGGCUGAGAGCGCACGGGGCAUGAUGCAGCUGCGCGGUCGCGCCAGCGAGCUGGAAGCUGAGCUGGCCGAGCAGCAGCACCUGAAGCAGCAGGCGCAGGAUGAGAGUGAGUUUCUGCGCACGGAGCUGGAGGAGCUGAAGAAGCAGCGGGAGGACACGGAGAAGGCACAGAGGAGCCUGACGGAGAUUGAAAGGCGGGCACAGGCCAAUGAACAGCGCUACAGCAAGCUGAAGGAGAAGUAUAGCGAGCUGGUGCAGAACCAUGCUGACCUCCUGCGGAAGAACGCAGAGGUGACCAAGCAGGUGACAGCAGCCAGGCAGGCCCAGGGAGAUGUGGAGCGGGAGAAGAAGGAGCUGGAGGACUCCUUCCAGCGGGUGAGCGAGCAGGCUCAGAGGAAGUCUCAGGAGCAGGCAGAAGUGCUGGACACUCUGAAGAGGGAGCUGGCAGCCAGCAGACAGGAGCUGCAGGUCCUCCAGGGCACACUGGAGUCCAGCACACAGGUGGGAGCAGAGCAGAGCACCCGAAUCGCUGGCCUGGAGCAGGAGAGGGACAGCCUGAGCCGGGCAGCGGAGCGGCAUGGGGAGGAGGUGGCUGCCCUGCAUGCUGAGCUGCAGCAGAUGCGGGACAGGCUUGGCCGUGAGCAGGAGAGCAGCAGGAUGGAGCUGGAGAUAUUGCAGGCCCAGCUGAGAGACAAGGAGAGCAAGGAGCAGGCGCUGCAGCAGCACGUGGCUGAGGAGCAGUUUGCCCUGCUGCAGGGCACCGCGCAGGAGGCCAAGCGGAUGGUGCAGGAUGCCCUCAGCCAUCUGGAGGAUCCUGCCCACAUGGCCUGCACCGGCUCGGCAGAUUGCCUCCUGUCCAGGACACUGGCAGCCUCCGAGUGCCUAGAGAGGCUGCAGGAUGCCCACAGCAAAUACGUUUCUGACCACACAGCCAUUGGCUCCCUGCUGCCCACCCUGGCCCUGUUUGCCCACCUCGUCAGUGACACCAUCCUGCAGGGCAGUGCGACCUCCCACCUGGCCCCCAUGGAGCCCGCUGACCGUCUGCUGGAGGCGUGCAAGCAGUGCAGCAGCGAGGCCGUGAGCUACCUCAGUGCCCUGCAGGACCCGGGCAAGGUGAAAGGUGCUGACUGCAGCCUGCUGACGAUCUGCCUGGGACGUAUCAGUGCCAUCGGGGAGGAGCUGCGGCCCAGAGGGCUGGAUGUCAAGCAGGAGGAGCUGGGUGACUUGGUGGACAAGGAGAUGGCAGCAACAGCAGCAGCCAUCGAAACAGCAGCUGCCCGCAUCGAGGAGAUGCUGAGCAAGGCACGGGCUGGUGACACUGGAGUGAAACUGGAAGUGAAUGAGAGGAUCCUGGGCUCCUGCACAGGCCUCAUGCAGGCCAUCCGCGUCCUGGUCCUGGCCUCCAAGGACCUCCAGAGAGAGAUUGUGGAGAGUGGACGGGGUGCGGCAUCCCCCAAGGAGUUCUAUGCCAAGAAUUCCCGCUGGACAGAGGGUCUCAUCUCCGCCUCCAAGGCUGUGGGCUGGGGUGCCACUGUCAUGGUCGAUGCUGCUGACCUGGUGGUGCAAGGCAAGGGCACCUUCGAGGAGCUGAUGGUCUGCUCACGAGAGAUUGCAGCCAGCACUGCCCAGCUCGUGGCAGCCUCCAAGGUGAAGGCAGACAAAGACAGCGCCAACCUUUGCAAGCUCCAGCAAGCCUCACGGGGUGUCAACCAGGCCACAGCCAGCGUGGUGGCCUCCACCAAGGCCGGGAAGUCACAGGUGGAGGAGAAAGAGAGCAUGGACUUCUCCAGCAUGACGCUCACCCAGAUCAAGCGUCAGGAGAUGGAUUCACAGGUGCGGGUGCUGGAGCUGGAAAACCAGCUGCAGAAGGAGCGGCAGAAGUUGGGAGAGCUGCGCAAGAAGCACUACGAGCUGGCAGGAGUGGCAGAGGGCUGGGAGGACGCAGCAGAUUAGCCCCAGUGGCAGAAGCAGUUGCAGGGGACACCCCUGCGGGCAGCCAGGAUGCAGCUCGGUGCAGCCUUUUGGGAAGAUCCACAAUAAACCGGUGCAAAAGCCA